GAGAUGCUUACCUAGUUUUGGAUGAACGGGCCAUGAAUGUUAGAACGAAGAAUCUUGAGCAAGCAAGAAGUUUAAAAAGUAAUCGUACCCGAUUACUUGCAGGAGUGCAGAAGGUUAGAGAUGGAAUAUAACACCUUUUAGAUGACAGUGAAGACAUGGCACAGUUGUACUUGAAUAUGAAAUGGAUUCAGAAUCAGCAAACUGAGACUCUUUUGGGAACUAUUGUUUCAAAUAGUGUCGUUCCGGCAGCACCGAAUCUUCGUAGAAUUAAUUCAGCUCGAAGCAGAAGUGGAAGUUUGGUGAGCAACCCUUUUAAUUACUUUGAUGUGGUGAUGUUGCUUGAGGCCUACUUCAUGCAGUUGGAAGGCACCCGUAACAAGAUAUUAUCUGUCAGUGAGUACAUUGAUGACACAGAAGAUUACGUCAAAAUCCAACUCCACGAUCAGCGUAAUGAACUUUAUCAGGUGCAGUUGACACUGACGAUUGCAUCAUUUUCUAUAGCUAUGGAAACGCUGAUCGCUGGGUAGUUUGGU